CAAUUAUGGUAAACAGUAAUAACUUUCGGAUUUCAAUUGUUAAUAUUUUAUUUGAUUAUUCUUUAAACAAAAAUGGAUUCAGAAAUAAUUGGUGAUUUCGUUAUUGAAGUUCUUGAUAGUUCAGAAAUUCCCGCUAAUGAGCUUUCUGAAUUCGAAGAAACUCGCCCUCUUGAAUUUGUCGAUAUUAUUCCAGAUUCCCCCAAAAAAAUAGCUGCACAUAGUCAAGAGUCCUGUGAAGAAAGCGAAGAAACAUUGAUCCAGAAAUUUGUGAGUGGUGAAGUUGAUUUUCCUGAUGUUUACACCCGUCUCGAUGCAGAAGAGGAUGAUGACAAAUUGCCACCUGACCCAAGCACUUUGCCCCCUAUUCAAGAAAAUGAAAGAAAUUUUGCUACUUUUGCUAACAAUACUGAAGCCUCUGUAGUAGACACUUCGCUUGACGAUGAUUUUGCAAAAUCUGCCGUCCAUGGCAGUGCUCGAAGGGCAAGAAGUACUUUUCGCAAGAGGCCUGUCUUGAAUGCUACUCUUUUGGGUUUAAUGGGUGAGGCGAAUCUUAGUUUUGCACGAGGAAACGUCGAAAUGGCAGAAAGAAUUUGCUUAGAAAUCAUCCGGCAGAAUCCACUUGCUCCAGAACCAUUCUUUACAUUAGCAGAGAUUAACGAAACUAGAGACAAAGAAAAGUAUUUGAACUUUUUGACUAUCGCUGCCCAUUUAGAUCCACAUAACAAGGACCAGUGGAUUCGAAUAGCUGAGCUUUAUAUUGAACAAGGAAACUACUCCAGGGCUCGAAUUUAUUAUUCAAAAGCCAUUAAAUGUCUUAACAAGGACUAUGACUUAAGAUUGCGAAAAGCUAAACUACUAGAGAUGAUGAAUGAGCGCAACAAUGCCAUGUACACAUAUUUGAAAAUGAUACCCUUGGUUCCGGUAGAAAGAGGUGAACUUUGCUUAGUUACUGCUAAAAAUGUUGCUACAUAUUUUUACGCUCAUAAAAAAAUGGGUUUCGCCCUAGAAGCUCUCGAAGGUGCUUACGUAGUUGCUCAGCAUUUAUUUUCUGUUGAAGAAACAAAUCUUUAUUUAGAGUUGCUAAUGAUUAAUAAAAACUAUAAGCGAGCUCUCCAGGUGCUUAAAGAGCAAGUUGACUUUGAUUUGGUAACAGAAAAGCAAACGGAUAAUGAUGAACUUGUUAUAUUUUGUGUUAUUCCUGACCGAAUGGUAGCAGACUUACGUGCAAAAUUGUGUAUUUGCUUAAUUCAUCUCAAAGCAUUCCAUUUGCUGGAAUACCUGAUAUCAAACGCUCACCAAUUCAUUCCGAUGGACAACAGAGUCGAUUUAUUUAUAGAUAUAGCCGAAGCCAUGAUGAAGGAAUCGAAAUUUGAAGAAACUUCACAAUUAUUAGAGCCAAUAGUUAAUGGAGAACAUAUUGAACCGCCAGCAUUUGUUUGGUUAAAAUACGCUGAAUGCCAGAGGGAACUGCAACGUUACGAGUUUUCAAUAAAAUGUUACUCUAAAGUUGUUGAACUUGCCCCAUACUGCUAUGAGGCUAAGUUUACACUAUCGGCACUUCUGAAACAGCAAGGUCGUCCAAGAGAAGCACUUAAAGCCCUCGAACAAGACCUCGAUGGGGAGAAGAUAAAUCCAAGGUUGUUGUACGAAAGAUGUCUUAUGCUGAAAGGAGUUGGCGAAAUCGACCAGUUCGUAGAUGUUGGGUAUGUACUGUUAGCCCGAAACUCCCUUAAAUUAAAUAGUCGCGAAGAAAUGCUAGCAGCUUCCAAUGGAUCUAGUUUUGUUAACAUAGGCGGGGUGAAGACAAUCCUGGAAACAAGACUCAUCAAACAAGAUGCCAAAAUUGAUGUACCUGAUUUUAAAUCUACUGAUUCCAAUUCAGACCUUACCAUUAAAGACGAAUAUGAAUUGUUUUUGGAUCUUGUAAGCACCUGUUAUGAAAUGAAAAAAUAUGCUAUUAUGGAAAAACUAUGUUUUGCAAUGGUUACGACCAAAAGAUUCAUGCAAUACACAGCUGAGUUGGAAUGUAUUGGUAUACUGGCUUGUUAUUAUAACAAUGACACAGUCUUUUCUUUUGCUUAUUUCAGAGAUAUGUUCUCUAAAAAUUUGGACAAAACAGCAGUUUGGAAUUUUUACACAGCCCUAGUGCAAAAGGGCGAAGAUCUUCGCUACCAUCGUUUUUUGAGACGUGCUUUGGCUCGUCCAGGAAGGCCAACAUUUAUGCGAAUUUUUCUAGCUCAUUAUCAUCUGUACUGUUGCUCCUAUAAGUACGCACUCAAUAUAUAUGUGCCAAUGUUAAAAGAUCACCCCGAACCGAUUGUAUAUUUGUGCAUAGCGGUAGUCUUUAGUCAGAUUGCGCUCCAAAAAAAAGUUCUUCGAAAAACCGCUGCCAUAGGACAGGCAGUGGCUUUUAUGAAAAAAUAUGCAGAAUCUCGGAUGUGUGGUAGUGCUACUCAACAAGAAAUUUACUAUAAUCUUGGGCGGUUGUAUCAACAAUCAUGUAUGAUCCACUUGGCCAUGAAAUAUUAUAAUAAAGCUUUGGCUGUUGAAGAUGAGCUUAUCAAGAAAAAUGAAAAUAUUUUGUGUUUGAGAAAUCAGAUAGCUUAUAAUAUACACUUGAUAUAUAAGGCUAGUGGAAAUAAAGAAAUGGCCAGGGAAUAUUUAUAUAAAUAUAUUGUUAUUUAAUAAAGUAAUUAUAAAACAAAUUGAAACAGACAAAAUAAAAACUACUUUUUUAAUC